AUGCCUACUACCGACUCGACCACAUCCACAGUGUCCGCGGCUGCUGCCCUCCCUUUCCAGAACGUCCAACAUGGGAUCACCAAGUUUGACCCUGAUAUCAUGGACUGGACCAGCUGGAAGGUCAGGUAUAAGAACUAUAUCAAGCUGAUGGACGUUCCCAGCGUCAAACAUCGCGAGUUACUCAUAGACUCGCUGGAGACGAAGGCUUUUCAGAUCCUGAUCUCUAUGUGUCGCCCGCAAGAGCCACAAGAACUGACGCAGGACGAUCUCCUGGCAAAGCUCGACGUGGCGUACACCCGUUAUACAUACAAAAUAACGGAGUGGGCAAACUUCUGGGUGUCCCGCCAGAAAUCGGGCCAGUCACUGGUGGAAUUUGCGAACGCUUUGCGGGACCGCAUAAUCACGUGCAACUUCCCGGCGACCAUCCUGGACGACCUGCUCAGUUCCGUGUUUGUUGCGGGGGUAGAAAGUGACACUACCCGCCGUCACCUGAUGUCUCAGGAACUGGACUCGUUUGACAAGACGCUGAACACAGCACGGAAGUUUGAGACGGGCCAACAGGAAGCAAAGCGCAACAAUAACCUGGUGCAUGAGUACGUGAAGCAGACCACGACCGCCAGGCCGUUUCAGCAAGGCCGAAAACCGUUCCGGAAGGACGACCGCCGACCGAAAAACAGUAAACCGGAGCCACGGAAUGGCGGAUGUGCCGGUUGUGGUGGAGGCCACGUUCGCGCAGAAUGCCCACAUCUGAGCACCGUUUGUCGAAAGUGCGGCAAGAAAGGUCACCUGGCAAAGGUGUGCCGCUCGGCCGGGGAUACCAAGCCAGUCAAUCAGCAGCGACGCACCAACUACGUGGAGGAAUCCUACGACGUACUGCACACGUCCACAGGACAGAAUUCCGAGUCGUUCUUGGUGCCGCUAUCGAUCGACGGACACAGCGCCACGUUGGAGUUCGACACUGGUUCACCGGUGACCAUUGUCAGCGCGGAUACGUGGGCUGCCAUCGGAUCACCACCGCUGGAGUCUACACCCGUAACCGUGCGCAGCUUCACUGGCCAUAGCAUUCCGUUGCGGGGAUCGACGCUGGUGGAAGUGCGGUGCGCGGACGGACCCGCGAGAAGACUGCGUGCACUGGUUUCCGACCGAGGCUGCAACAUUUUGGGCAGGGACUGGAUCCACAACCUCGGCAUGCACCAGAUGUCUCUGGAAACACUCCGAAUGCUGCAGGUCAACGCUGUCACCGUGCCGGCGGCAUCACCGGAAGUGGCGGUUAUACUGCAGCGACACGCGAAUGUAUUUCGCGACGAACUCGGUUGCUGCAAGGACUUCGAGGCGCACUUGUACCUUAAACCGGACACUCGACCGCGUUUCUGCAAAGCCCGGACAGUCCCGUUCGCCCUGCGCGAGGCCGUCGAGAAGGAGCUGGAGCGACUGCAGUUCCUUGGCGUCAUCAGUCCUGUCGAUCACGCCGUAUGGGCGGCUCCUAUCGUGUCCGUGCUGAAAAAGGUCACCGGCGAUGUGCGCACCUGCGCUGACCUGAGCACAGGUCUCAAUGAUGCAUUGGACCUGCACCGUUAUCCGCUGCCGCAUCCAGACGAGCUCUUCGCUGCACUGAACGGCGGCACGCGUUUCUCGAAAAUCGACCUCAAGGACGCGUACAUGCAGAUUCCACUGGAUGAAGAGAGCCGUCGCCUUGUGGUAAUCAAUACGCACAAGGGGCUUUUCCAGUACAAUCGCCUGCCCUUUGGUGUCGCGUCAGCGCCGUCCAUCUUCCAACAAAAGAUGGAAAUAGUCCUUCAAGGUUGUUCCGGUUACGCGGUCUUCCUCGACGACAUCAUUGUGAAGGGGAAAAACGAAACGGAACACAACCGCAACCUGGACGGUGUACUAGAACGGCUGGAUGCGAACGGGUUUACUGUCAAGAUGUCAAAGUGUCAGUUCAAUGUCGAAUCAGUCGAAUACCUGGGCUUCAUCAUUGACAAAGAUGGCCGUCAUAUCGCAUCUAGCAAAACGGAAGCGAUCAUCAAGAUGCCUGCACCGCAGAAUAUCGGCCAGAUCCGCUCAUUUCUGGGCAUGAUGAACCACUACGCACGGUUCAUACCGAAUCUGUCGGACCGAUGCGGUAUCUUCUACGAUCUGCUGAAGAAGGAACGCGAGUGGAAUUGGGACGCACAGUGCCAGCAGCGGUUUGAAGAGCUGAAGGAAGCGCUGUCAAACGCCACGUACCUGACGCAUUUCGAUCCCAGCCUUCCGCUCAUCCUGGCCGCAGAUGCUUCGCCGACCGGAGUGGGCGCGGUACUGACACACCGCUAUCCGGAUGACACCGAGCGGCCGAUCGCCCAUGUGUCCAAGACGCUGACAUCUGCCGAGCAAAACUACGGGCAAAUCGAGAAGGAAGCCCUGGCUCUCGUGUACGGCGUUAGCAAGUUCCAGCAGUACCUGGCCGGGCGGGAAUUCACGCUUCUAACCGAUCACAAACCACUUGUGACGAUAUUCGGCAGCAAGCGUGGCAUUCCAGCAGUAACCGCCAACCGACUCCAGCGAUGGGCCAUAAUACUCAUGGGAUAUCAAUUCACCAUUGAGUACCGGAAAACCGAAGAGUUUGGCCAAGCUGACGGCCUGAGCAGGCUGCCAUUGCAUUCUGCCGACCUAUUCGACACGAAAGAUAUGGGCAUCGGCGGUACCGUAUACGCACUGCAAAUAGAGACGCUUAACCGUCUACCUGUCACCGCCGAAUCGGUUGCUGCAGCUACUGCCAAGGACAAGGUGCUGGCGGAAGUGGCACGGUUUGUGCAGAUCGGAUGGCCCAACCGGGUGGACGAGCAACAUCUGCCAUACCACAGGCGCAGGCUGGAGAUGAGCGUCGUGAACGGCUGCAUCCUGGUCGGAUUACGCACCGUCAUUCCACCGCCACUGCGCAGCCAGCUGCUGCAGUACCUGCACGAGACGCAUGCUGGAAUCGUGCGAAUGAAGGCGGAAGCACGGGGACACAUGUGGUGGCCAAACAUCGACAGCGAUAUCGAAGAGCUGGCUUCGAACUGUCGCAUGUGCUCGAUGAACGCGAAGAACACCGCCAAAGUGCCACUGCAGCAGUGGACGGCCAGUGAACAUCCGUGGAAACGCCUCCACAUCGACUUCGCUGGCCCAGUGAAAGGGGAAAUGUACUUCCUGGUGGUGGACGCCCAUUCAAAGUGGUUUGAAGUGAUCCACAUGCGCAGCACCACGGUGGAGCAGGUCAUCGAUGCGCUAUCAAACCUUUUCUGUCGAUACGGACUGUGUGAAGAAAUCGUAUCCGACAACGGGCCACAGUUUACCGCCGACAAGUUCAAGGAGUUCUGCCAGAUCAACGGCAUACGACAUACUACCACCGCUCCGUACCAUCCACAGUCAAACGGGCAAGCGGAAAGGUACGUUGACACGUUUAAACGAGCCCUGAAGAAAGCGGCCGACAGCGGUGGUGACGAGCGGAAUGCGAUUCGGCUAUUCCUCUACCGAUAUCGCACAACUCCACAUGCGACACUGGCAUCGCUCCCGGAGAACUUUUCCUUAAAAGGAAGAUGCGCACCGUGCUGGAUCUGCUAA